AUGGCCGCUUUACUGAUGCCACGCAGGAACAAAGGGAUGAGGACUCGACUGGGAUGCCUGUCUCACAAGUCUGACUCUUGUAGUGAUUUCACAGCCAUUCUUCCCGACAAACCCAACCGUGCUCUAAAGAGACUAUCCACAGAAGAAGCUACGAGGUGGGCGGAUUCCUUUGAUGUACUUCUCUCCCAUAAGUAUGGAGUGGCUGCCUUCCGCGCCUUCCUGAAGACGGAGUUCAGUGAAGAGAACCUGGAGUUCUGGUUGGCCUGUGAGGAGUUCAAGAAGACCAGGUCAACCGCCAAACUGGUCUCCAAGGCCCAUAGAAUCUUUGAGGAGUUUGUGGAUGUGCAGGCUCCGCGGGAGGUAAACAUAGACUUCCAGACCCGAGAAGCCACGAGGAAGAACAUGCAAGAGCCAUCCCUGACUUGUUUUGACCAAGCCCAGGGCAAAGUACACAGUCUCAUGGAGAAAGACUCUUACCCCCGGUUCCUGAGGUCCAAAAUGUACUUAGAUUUGCUGUCCCAAAGCCAGAGGCGGCUCAGUUAGAACUCAGAUGGGGACUCUUGGAGAUCACCGGCUUCCCCCUCCCCUUGCUGCCAAGACCAUAUUCUAAUGUGAAGUGUCAUAGGUGUUCAAAAGCAGUGGCAAUUAGGUUGGGAGGCCAGGAGUAAGGAACGGAUGAAGGGCCAUUCCAAAGUCUGAUCCAGCCACCAGAGCUCGGACUCUGUCCUACCCCAUUUACCCAUGUUUGUGUUUUGGUUAGUGGUAGGACAUUGUCCCCUUCUCUGGGUUGGCAACUUGCCUUUCAUAAGGCCUUGGGUCAUCUCCACCAAGAAGGGAGAUUUGCUGCGCUGGGCUAAUCUGUAAAUAACACAAAUGCAAUUUCUACCACUUCCACACGCUCCUCAUUUAGGAUUCCCAACUCUCAAACUUGUCCUAGACCCCUGUGAGGAAGGGCUAGAAGACUCUGGAUCACAUUUGUGAUUUGCUGUUAUGAUGUAAUGGCCAGUCCUGGGUGCUGAGACCUCAGUGGUAUCUGGGGUUCUCAACACUGUCACUGACAGGUGGUCUCUGAGGAAAGGGACAAACUCCAUGAAGAUGGCUAUUUCUUCCAUUUCCAUAGGACCAGUAUGAAAGGCUGUGAUCACUGCCCAUCUCAACCUAGGAA